UAUAUAUUGUAAAUUAAAGCUUCUUGGUUAUAGGGUUAGAAGGAGAGAGAAUGGCUACUAUACAAGAUGAAGGAGACGCAAUAAAGCUAGUCUACAAGGCAUCAGUUGCGGGGUGCGUAUCUACCUUAAACGAAUUGAUCGAAACAAGCCCACUCAUUCUUAGAAAGUUUUCUUUGACUACUUUCACUGAAACUCCCUUGCAUGUAUCUGCUUUGCUCGGCCACCAUGACUUUACCAGAACCCUUCUCACUCAUAAUCCCAACCUCGCGAAGGAGUUGGACUCUUUCAGACGCUCACCUCUCCACUUGGCUUCUGCCGAGGGCCACGAGGAGAUCGUUCAAGUUUUGUUACAUGCAGAUCAUGUCGAUGUCUGCUUGUUUCAUGAUCAGGAUGGCAGAAUUCCGCUUCACUAUUCAGCCAUGAGAGGACGACUUGGGGUCCUCAAGAAGUUGAUACGAGCAAAGCCAGAGUCCAUAUUUGUUUCGGUUCUGAAUAGAUCAAGAGAAACGGCUUUGCACUUGUGUGUUAAAUAUAAUCAAUUGGAGUGCUUGAAACUGUUAGUCGAACAUGUGGGUGAACAAAGAUCAGAAUUCCUCCACUCAAAAGACACUGUUGGUGGCCAGACUAUCCUGCACUUGGCUUUGGUUCUGAAGCAAACUGAGACUAUAAGGUACCUGCUUUCUAUACCUAUUAUACGAGAAGAAGCAAAUGAUGUGAUCAGAUCUUAUGUCUUGGAGCACAACUCAGGAGAUAUCAGAAAUCUUGAACUUCAACAAAUUGUGAUCGGCCACAACGAUGACCACCACCAUCAGCAACCAUUGUCAUCUGUACCGCCAGGAAUGACUAGUGCUAAUGUUCUUGACAACAAUGCAGCGGAAAAAGUGUCAAAGGCAAGGUGGAGGACCAAGCUAAUGAAAUACCUGAAUUACCCAACUGAUUGGCUGGAAGAUACCCGUGGCGUGCUGAUUGUUGUGGCCGGCAUGAUUGCAACGAUGACUUUCCAAGCUGCGGUUAAUCCACCAGGUGGUGUUUGGCAAGUAAAUAAUACGGAUUCUACAAUUAAUAGUUCUGGAAGUCCUUCCUCAACCGAGUCACAGACAUGUUACGCUGGAAGUGCAGUUUUAGCCUGUGCAACGGACUCUGGACUUGAUCACAUCUUCUUGUUGUUCAUGAAUUUCAAUACCAUCUCCUUCCUUGCUUCUUUGAGUGUUACUUUUUUACUUAUUAGCGGUUUUCCUCUCCAUAACCGGCUUUGUAUGUGGCUCUUAUCAAUGGGUAUGUGUAUCGUUCUCUCUUGCCUGGCACUAAGCUAUCUAGUUGUUGUGAUCAUGAUCAUCCCUAAUCAGGCUUUCGAGCUUUAUAGUAGUACUACUUACAAUAUUAUCAUCUACGUUUGGAUUUCGUUGGUUGGCAUGGUCGUUUUAAUCCACACACUUCGCUUUUUCAUUUGGCUGGGGAAGAGGCUGCGUCGCAGAUUCAGACAUAAUUAAGGUUCCAGUAGUGUCUCAUGAACAUGGACAGUAACACAGCAGAACCUGUGACCACCUUCAAUUCGCUUCACCCGUUGCUGUAUCUCAUCUAGUUAAGAAAACAUCAAUAAGGGCCUUGGUGUACUUAUUACAAAACGUACA